AUGGACGCCCGCAAGAAGAAGAGAAAGGUUUUGUUGAUGGGCAAGAGUGGCUCAGGGAAGUCAUCGAUGCGCUCGAUCAUCUUCAGCAAUUAUGUCGCGAAGGAUGUGCGCCGCCUCGGCGCUACCAUUGACGUGGAGCACAGCCAUGUCAAGUUCAUGGGGAAUCUGACACUCAACCUUUGGGAUUGCGGAGGACAAGAUGCCUUUAUGGAGACCUAUCUCGCUUCUCAGCGCGGCAACAUCUUCUCCGACGUUGCGGUUCUAAUCUACGUGUUCGAUAUCGAGUCCCGGGAGGUCGACCGUGACUUGGAUACUUACAAUGCGAUUAUCGAUGCACUCCGCGAGUUCAGCCCGAAUGCCUAUGUCUUCUGUUUGGUACACAAGAUGGAUCUUAUCCAGGCCGAGCACCGUCAGCGCAUCUACGAAGAGCGCUCCGCACUCAUACGGUCUCGGUCUGAGGGGUUUCGCGUCGAUACAUUUGCGAGCAGUAUCUGGGAUCAAUCACUCUAUAAGGCGUGGGCAGGAAUUGUGCACAAGCUUAUUCCCAACCUCACUGUUAUAGAGCGGUUCCUCUCCGCAUUCGCAAAGAAGAUCGACGCUGAAGAGGUCAUUCUUUUCGAACGAUCUACAUUCCUCACUGUCACUUCAGUCACGUCAGAAGUAGGCGAGUUGAACCCCGUUUUCGACCGCCAUGAACGUCUCUCGAACAUCAUGAAGGCAUUCAAGCACUGCGCCGCCCGCAAUACAAGCACCACGCCCGCUUCCGCCGGCUUCGUCGUCAUGCACACCAAAACACCGCAAUUCAACAUCUUUCUCGGCAGAUUCACGGACAACACCUACAUCUUCCUCGUUGUGCCGCCCGGUGAGGCGGCGUACAAUUGUGCCGUGCUGAAUACCAUGCUCGCCCGCGAGGGAUUCUCCAAAGCAGCAGCUGCGGGACGUACAGAUGGCUUCCCGCUCCCGCCGGCGGAGACUCCCGAUGACAGCACGAACGGCUCUGCAUAG